GAGCCCCGGCGGGGAGGAGGAAGUGCCGCCGACCGCCCCUUGCCCCGCGCUGGGCCCGCCCCCGGCCGGCGGAUUUGGGGAGCCGCGGGACUCUGCCUCGGACACCAUGAGACUCGAGACGGGAGCCCCCUCGAGGUGAAGCCGCCGAGUUCCCGGGCCUCCGCCGGGCGUUCCCGCGGGGAGCCGAGGGACCCCCCUCCCGGCACACGCAACUUCCCUGCUUUUCACCUGGGACUGGCGGAGCGGCCGCCGACUUGGACGCGGGACCUAGGGGGCAGCGGGCGGCCCCCCAGCCCGGGUCGCCGGUCGGGCGGGGGGACGUGCCCCGAGCCCCCAGCCCCAGCCGCCCUCCGAUGGCGCCGCCGGCUGAGUGAGGGAGGCGGCGCACCGGACUUCCCCGCCCGGACCUCUUGUCUUCGCGGGGAAGAUGUACGAGAGUGUGGAAGUGGGGGGGCUCACCCCCACUCCCAACCCCUACCUGGUGGUGGAUUUCUAUAACCAGAACCGAGCCUGUUUGCUCCCGGAGAAGGGGCUCCCCGCCCCGGGUCCCUACUCCACCCCGCUCCGGACUCCGCUUUGGAAUGGCUCAAACCACUCCAUAGAGACCCAGAGCAGCAGUUCAGAGGAGAUCGUGCCCAGCCCCCCCUCACCACCCCCCCUGCCCCGAAUCUACAAGCCUUGCUUUGUCUGUCAAGACAAAUCCUCAGGCUACCACUAUGGGGUCAGCGCCUGUGAGGGCUGCAAGGGCUUCUUCCGCCGCAGCAUCCAGAAGAACAUGGUGUACACGUGUCACCGAGACAAGAACUGUAUCAUCAACAAGGUGACCCGGAACCGCUGCCAGUACUGCCGGCUGCAGAAGUGCUUCGAAGUGGGCAUGUCCAAGGAGUGUUCGGUUUUUGAGGGGCCCACAAACAACAGCUCAGAACAGCGUGUCUCUCUGGACAUUGACCUCUGGGACAAGUUCAGUGAACUCUCCACCAAGUGCAUCAUCAAAACCGUGGAGUUCGCCAAGCAACUGCCCGGCUUCACCACCCUCACCAUUGCUGACCAGAUCACCCUCCUCAAGGCUGCCUGCCUGGACAUCCUGAUCCUGCGCAUCUGCACGAGGUACACGCCCGAGCAGGACACGAUGACCUUCUCGGACGGGCUGACCCUGAACCGGACCCAGAUGCACAACGCCGGCUUCGGGCCCCUCACGGACCUGGUCUUCGCCUUCGCCAACCAGCUGCUGCCUCUGGAGAUGGAUGACGCUGAGACUGGGCUGCUCAGUGCCAUCUGCCUCAUCUGUGGAGACCGGCAGGACCUGGAGCAGCCAGACAGGGUGGACAUGCUGCAGGAGCCCCUGCUGGAGGCACUGAAGGUCUACGUGCGGAAACGGAGGCCCAGCCGCCCCCACAUGUUCCCCAAGAUGCUGAUGAAGAUCACGGACUUGCGAAGCAUCAGCGCUAAGGGGGCCGAGCGGGUGAUCACGCUGAAGAUGGAGAUCCCAGGCUCCAUGCCACCUCUCAUCCAGGAGAUGCUGGAGAACUCAGAGGGCCUGGAUACUCUGAGCGGACAGCCGGGGGGUGGGGGGCGAGAUGGGGGCGGGCUGGCCCCCCCACCUGGCAGCUGCAGCCCCAGCCUCAGCCCCAGCUCAAACAGAAGCAGCCCGGCCACCCACUCUCCAUGACCGCUGCGCCCGUGGACCUGGCCCUCGCCCCACGCCCUGGCUUCUCUCUGCCUUUAUACCAACUUUGCGACCCCUGCCAGCCCUGCCCCCACUGUCCUCCCUUCCUGGGGGACCGGAGGGAGGAGGCAGCGACUCUUCCGACAGAGGCUGGGCCAAGAUGGACUGCCCUGAAGCCUGGGCUGACGUCAGGGACAAGGCCUGAGCUGGGGAGGACCCCGGUCCUGGGCCUCGUGAUGGGGCCUGGGGACCUGUUCAUCAAGACGCCCUCUGCCCACCUCGCCACAUCUUCAUCACCAGCAAAUGCCAGGACCUGGCUCCCCCAUCCUCAGAACUCGCAAGCCAUUGCCCCCCGGUUGGGGACCCCCCUGCCUCGGUUGGUGACAGAGGGGGUGGGCUGGGGUGGGGGGUUCCCCCUGUACAUACCCUGCCGUACCAACCCCCAGGUAUUAAUUCUCGCUGGUUUUGUUUUUAUUUUAAUUUUUUUUUUGGUUUUGAUUUUUUUUAAUAAGAAUUUUCAUUUUAAGCACAUUUAUACUGAAGGAAUCUGUGCUGUGUACUGGGGGGAGCUGGAUUCAGAGCUGGAGGGGGGUGGGUCAGAGGGGCUCCCACUUCUCCGUGUCCCGCGCCCUCUAGCCCUCCUCCCCAGCCCUUUUCUCCUCAGUUUUCUCUUUAAACUGUGAAGUACUAACUUUCUGAGGCUUGCCUUGCCCUCCUUCAUGCCGAGGAAGCAGCAAGCCCACCUUCUCCCUCCGUCUAACCACUGGGUGUGGACAGUUUGGGGAGCCCCCAGGAGGAGCGAGCUUCCCGUGAUCAAGAGGGCAGGGCCGAAACACUGGGGCCCUCCGAACAUAUGAGUGACUCAGUCCUGUCUCCUUGCAGAACUGCCCCCCACUCCGGCCCAUGUCAUCCAAGCCCCCCCAGCCCCCACUGUGAAGGGGCUGGCCAAGGGGUCCGAGCUGCCCCAGCCCCCAGCCUCACAGCCACCAGCACCGCCCACACAGCAGACAGUCGGCCGCAGACAGCCUGAGUUCCUCGUUUCCCGGCCUGCCUCCCAGCCCCACCAGCACCCCCUCCUUGCCCCGCAGGACGGGCCUACAGGGGGUCCCCUGCCCUCACCCCCUGGUCCCCGGGCUGGGGGAGCUGGCUCUGCCCUGCCCUCUCUGCCCCGGGGUUGGGCUCAUCCCCCAGAGCCGCUGGUGCACCUGUUACUGUUGGACUUUCCACUGAGAUCUACUGGAU